AUGGCUGAUAUGGAGGCACAGCUAGCUACCACCUCUCCCUCAAUGAAGCCUCAAUCACGUGUAAUCCUCUGGACAGCCAUGAGGUGCUGUUCAAGUGCCUUUGAAAGAUCGAUCCGAGAGCUUCAAGGAGUCAAAUCCCUCUAUGAGCCGCAUCUAACGUCAUUCUACUACGGUCCAGAGAGGCAAAACGAAUUUCUUACUGAUGAAGACCUUCUUUCUAACAGUUUGCAUACCUACGACUAUACCGAUCAAAUACUCCUUGCAGACUAUGAAGGAUGCAAUGCUGUUUUUGCAAAAGAGAUGGCAUUCUACAUUCCAAAAGAGAGGUUCGCUAGAUAUAUUGAAGGUGAUUUUGUCAACUUCAAACAUUCUUUUCUGAUAAGAGAUCCUCGAAAGUCCAUUCUGUCAGAAUGGAAGGCAAUUGUAAGAAGUGGCCUUGAUUACACGAGUACGAGAGAUGCGUCCGGAUCUGGUGUGAAAGGCCAUGCUAAGCUGUAUGAGUUGUUAGAUUUUAUUCGAAGCACAGGGAGAGAAGUUACCGUUAUUGAUGCAGCCGAUCUAUUGAAAAAUCCUGAGUACAUCAUGCAAGUGUAUUGCCGGCAAACAGGCUUGCCAUACGACAAAAAGAUGCUGACAUGGACACCAGGAGAAGUGGAAGACUGGGCGACCAAGAAUAAAAGAUUCUACAAAGAAUGGCAUUGGAAUGCGAUGUACAGUUCUGGAUUUGGCAAACUUGCCCCACCUCGGGACACCUCUCAGCUUCCUUCUAUUCCAGAAAUUAUCCCAGCCAUUGUGAAAGAAGAUAUUCAAAAAUCAAUUCCAUACUAUGAAGCUAUGCACAAAUUCUGUGUUAAAGUGGAUCCAUGA